UCACUGCAGAAACCUCACUUUGACGCCUGGGUGCACGAGUUUUACUUCUCCAAGACAUGUGGCUCUACUUAUUUCUUUCAUGAUGCCUGGAAAGCCAGAUUUUUGUUAAGGAGACAAAACAUCACAGAUGUCAUAGGAUGUCAUAGAAGCCCUUUGUGUGCCUUUCCCCUGAUCACCCUGUCCAGAGGCAGUGGAGCUACUGCUGUGGUCCAGGCUGCCCUUUGCAAGCCCAGGCAAGAACGUGUAGCAAUAAAGCGGAUCAACUUGGAAAAAUGCCAGACCAGUAUGGAUGAACUAUUAAAAGAAAUUCAAGCCAUGAGUCAGUGCAGCCAUCCCAACGUUGUGACCUAUUACACCUCCUUUGUGGUAAAAGAUGAACUUUGGCUGGUCAUGAAAUUACUAAGUGGAGGUUCCAUGUUGGAUAUCAUAAAGUACAUUGUCAACCGAGGGGAGCACAAGAAUGGAGUUCUGGAAGAGGCAAUAAUAGCAACAAUUCUUAAAGAGGUUUUGGAAGGCUUAGACUAUCUACACAGAAACGGUCAGAUUCACAGGGAUUUGAAAGCUGGUAAUAUUCUUCUGGGUGAGGAUGGUUCUGUGCAAAUAGCAGAUUUUGGGGUAAGUGCAUUCUUAGCAACAGGGGGUGAUGUUACCCGGAAUAAAGUAAGAAAAACAUUUGUUGGUACGCCGUGUUGGAUGGCCCCUGAAGUCAUGGAGCAGGUGAGAGGCUAUGACUUCAAGGCCGACAUGUGGAGCUUUGGAAUAACUGCCAUUGAAUUAGCUACCGGAGCAGCGCCUUAUCACAAAUACCCUCCUAUGAAAGUGUUAAUGUUGACUUUGCAGAAUGAUCCACCCACUUUAGAAACAGGAGUGGAGGAUAAGGAAAUGAUGAAAAAGUACGGCAAGUCCUUUAGGAAAUUACUUUCCCUGUGUCUUCAGAAAGAUCCUUCUAAAAGGCCCACAGCAGCAGAACUUUUAAAAUGCAAAUUCUUCCAGAAAGCCAAGAACAGAGAGUACCUGAUUGAGAAGCUGCUUACAAGAACACCAGACAUAGCCCAAAGAGCCAAGAAGGUGAGAAGAGUUCCGGGGUCAAGCGGUCACCUUCAUAAAACCGAGGACGGUGACUGGGAGUGGAGUGACGACGAGAUGGACGAGAAAAGUGAAGAAGGGAAGGCAGCUUUUUCUCAAGAAAAGUCACGAAGAGUAAAAGAAGAAAAUCCAGAGAUGGCGGUGAAUGCCGGCAGUUUACCUGAGCAAAUACGGUCCCUUUCUGUGCAGGACCCUCAGGGCCUACCCAACGCUAGCGAAGACUAUAGAGAAGCUUCUUGCGCUGUGAACCUCGUUUUAAGAUUAAGUUACAGGCAACAGACCAUACAGAGACUAUUUAGGAUGGAAGCAGAGAGCCCAUGGAUAGCCAAUGGCAGUGAUGUAAAGAGUGAUGAUAUGACCUGGGCCAGAGUGAAGAGUAAUGGAGGUGGCAAAAACUCCAGAAAGGAACUUAAUGACAUACGAUUUGAGUUUACUCCAGGAAGAGAUACAGCAGAUGGCGUGUCUCAGGAGCUCUUCUCUGCUGGCUUGGUUGAUGGUCAUGAUGUAGUUAUAGUGGCUGCUAAUUUACAGAAGAUUGUAGAUGAUCCCAAAGCUUUAAAAACACUGACAUUUAAAUUGGCUUCCGGCUGUGAUGGGUCUGAGAUUCCCGACGAGGUGAAGCUGAUCGGGUUUGCCCAGAUUUGUUAUUCCAAAGGUGAUAAACUUGAAGAUACAGAAUCUGAGUUUUACUUGAAAUUCUUCAGAAUACCCAGAUGGAGUGAAAAAUAGAAAGGGUUUUUGUGCAAUGACCAAAAAGGUAAAAUGCUGUUAAAUUUCAAGAAUAAAUACUUUCACCCAAGUUAGCCCUCUGCUUGACUAUAUAUUAAGGAAUAGUAAACCUUAGGAUUUUCAAAAUUGGAGACUAAACUUUCAGGGAGGUGGGCUCCCAGGAUGGUACCAUUGCUCUUUCCUAGCUAACCCUAGAUAUGGCAGCUCUUUAAUGUACUUUAAAAAGCAAAUAUAUAUUACUAAGGAAAGAAAAGUUAUUUAUAAUCGCCUUGUCAUCAUUGUUAAGGUGUUCCAGAGCCAUUUGCAUACAAUUUAAUGUAAUCUCAUUCCAUUCUAUUGUUCACACAACAAUUACUCAAAGAUGACUGCAAAGGUAAAAGGAAAAUAAAAGUGUAUUGCACAAAGA